AUGGCGGUGGAGCCGGCGGUGCAGCAUGCAGCAGCGGUAGAGGAGGAGGAGGAGGCGGAGCACAGCGACGAGGAGGAACUGGAGAGCAGCUCGAGCGGUGGCAGCGACCCCUCCGACUCGCUGGAGGGCGGCACAAAGAAGCGGAAGAAGAAGAAGAAAAAGAAGAAGGGCGGCGGCGCGGCGGGCGGCGGCGGCGGCGCCGCAGCACAGCCCGCCGUGGACCCAGCAGCGCGCAAGGAGGGCGAGCGACGGCUGCAGGCACGGCGCCAGCCGCAUGCAACGGUCCUGCGCGUUGCUGCGGGCGGCGCGGCUGAGGCUGUGGAGGUGCUGUCACACAACAGCGAGGACGGCAUGUGGGUCAAGCUGAGCGGGUGCCACCUGGCGGACGGAAAGAUGAAGAAGCUGUGCGAGGCGCUACAGGCCAACACCAUCUGCAUCUCACUUGACCUGUCGGCCAAUCAGCUAACCGACGAAGGCGCCAAGGCGUUGGCGGCGGCGCUGGCGGAUGGGCGGGCGCCAGACCUGAUUGAUUUGGACCUCCGGGACAAUCUCCAGAUACAGGAGGGAGGGACUUUGGCCCUGGAGGAGCUCCAGCAGCAGCGCAAGACGCUGCGGGUGGCGCUGGGCCCCAGCCAGCCGCCGCCCCAGCAGCAGGCGGCCGCAGCGGGCAGCAAGCCCCAGGCGCCCGCCGCCGGCCAGCAGCAGCAGCAGCAGCAGCAGCAGCUGCAGCAGCAGCAGCACGCCAACGGCAGCGGCGGCGGCGGAAGCUUAGCAGACACCGUCAAGAGCAACCCUGUGAUUAGCAAGUACUUUCAGGUUGGGAAUGAUGAGGCGGAGGAGGCGGAGGAGGCGCACCAGCAGGGCAGCCCGCACCAGGCUGGCGGGGCAGGGGAGGAGCACCUGGGCGGGCUGUCGGCGGCUGAGCUGGCGCGGAUCCUGUGGGACCAGCUGGAGCAAUGCUUGGAUGCGCCGCGCCCCGACAUCCCCGCCGUCUCCGAGCCGCUGCGCGCGAUUGCGGAGCAGGUGGAGCACGAGAUGGACAACUGCGCGCUGCCCAUGCUAGCCAGCACAGAGGUGGGAGAGCUCAAAACCUUCACGCAGUGGGCCCUGCGCAAGCUGCACGUGCUGCACAGCGUGCUGGAUCUGGUGCCGCCGCCCAUCCUCACCCCCUACUCCAAGACCGUCCCCGUGCCCGCAGUGGGGACCCACCGCGCCGCGGUGGCGGAGCUUCUGGCGCAGCUGCUGCGUGGCGAGUGCGCUUCCAUUGCCCAGCGGGUGGCCGCCUCGGGUCUGCUGCGCCGCUGCGCCGCCAUCGCCGUGGACCAUCCCAACUGCUCUGCCGUGCACGGCGCCGUGGCGCGCUGCCUGCGCCUGUCGCUGAGCAAGGCGGUGGGACACGUGGGCCUGUGGCAGCAGCUGCUGGGCUCGGCGCCCGUGGCGGCUGCCGCCGGCGCCGCCAGCCACGACCGCGGCGGCUCGCUCAAUCUGGCGGUCGAGGCGGUGGCCAUAGCGGCGGCGGCGGCGGCGGCGCCCACGGUGGGCAAGCGCGCCGCCAACGCGGGCUUUGCGCUGGCCAUCGGCCGCAUGCUGCACCAGGCAGCCACGGGAGAGGCGCUGGGCGGGGACGGCGGCGCCGCAGAGGCCGCCGCCGCAGACGCCGCCGAUGCCGCGGCCGCGGCCGCCGACGCGGCGGCGGCCGAAAAUGGGACGGCGGGCGAGGGCGUGGCGCAACAGCCGGACCAGCAGCAACAGCAGCAGGAGCAGGAGCAGGAGCAGCAGCAGCAGCGGCAGGAGCAGGAGCAGGAGCAGGGUGGCGGGGAGGCGGCGGGAGGGGGUACGGGCGAGGCGGGGCCGGCGCGGCAGCCAGGGCCGGCGGCCGACGCGCCGGCCGGCCAGCUGGGCGGCGACCCGCUGGCGGAGCCCAACCCCCUGGCGCCGCCGCCAGGGGCGCGCGGCCUGCGCCGCACCCCCUCCCAGCCCAGCCUUGCCAAGGUGGCCUCCCAUGCCGUGGCAGACCUGCCAGAGGAGGAGGAGCCCUGGGAGGUGCUGCUGCAAGCGCAGCUGGCCACCGCAGACCCCUGGGUGGAGUUCAGCACAGGCCCAGACUGCCUGCUGCGGAGGAUGCUGGAGGAGCAUGUGGGGGACCUGGGCGGGCCGCGGCCGCGCCCGGGCGCCCCGCCACCGGGGGAGGAGGAGGAGGACGGCGCGGGGCAGGGGCAAGUGAUCAGCGGCCAGGAGCUGCUGAUGAUGCUGAGGGGGCUCAACCUGGGGGGGUUCAGCGGCGGCAUCUGA